AUGACUGCCACAAACAUUCCUCAUCUCCGCAAGACCAAGACGUCGAGCCAGCUCAUCGUCCAUGGCGAGCCGUUUCUCAUGCUCAGUGCCGAGCUACACAACUCUACGCUCAGCUCUGCAAAAUACAUGGCCGACGACAAGAUAUGGGAGAACAUGAGGGACAUGCACAUCAACACACUCCUCGGCUCGGUGUCUUGGGAGCAAAUCGAGCCAGUAGAAGGUCAAUUCGAUUUCUCGAAUCUCGACGCCGUCAUCUCAGCUGCGCGCGAGCAUAACAUGAAGCUUGUCUUGCUCUGGUUCGGUAGCUUCAAGAACGCGCUGUCGACAUAUGUGCCUGCUUGGGUCAAGAAAGACGUGAAACGUUUCCCAAGAGUGCAUACACUUGAGGCGGGAGGGAAGAGGAGGACAUUGGAGCUCAUGAGUCCCUUCUGUGAAGAAGGAUGGAAAGCUGAUGCCAAGGCAUUUGCGAAGCUCAUGGCGCAUCUGAAAGAGUUCGACGGCAAAGAAAAUACCGUGCUCAUGGUGCAGGUUGAGAACGAAACGGGAAUGAUUGGAGAUUCGCGAGACAGGUCAAAGAUUGCGAAUGACAAGUUUCACGCUCCAGUGCCAAAGGAUCUGCUGCAGAAGCUACAAUCCAAGAAACGUGACCUACAUCCAGAGUUCCUGCAGCGCUUCCCAGAAAUCGAGACAGCUGCGGUUGGAGAAGCGACCUGGAUGGAUGUCUUUGGGAAGAACGAUGACAUUGACGCAGGGGAAAUGUUCAUGUCGCACUAUUUUUCAACCUAUAUACAGCACGUUGCAUCCGCUGGUAAAGCCGAGUACCCAAUCCCACUUUACGCUAAUGUCUGGCUCAAUUUCGACGACGUUUCGGCGCUUGACAUUAGUCCGGAUACACCAGUUGUCGUAGGCGGUGGUGCGAAAGCUGGCAUCUACCCAUCUGGAGGCCCAUGCCCUCAUACCAUGGACGUCUAUAUUCACAACGCCCCUAGUCUCGACUUCAUUGGGCCCGAUUUGUACUUCCACGAUUACGAGAGUACGUGCCAGAACUACCGCCACGGUGGGCAGCCACUGUUCAUUCCCGAGCAGCAGCGCACGGAGUCAGGCGCGCGGCGCAUUUGGAGCGCGUAUGGAAACUAUCUUGCCCUGGGCUGUUCUCCGUUUGGCAUCGAUUCGCUAAAGGCGUCUGAGAGCCCUUUCACCAAGCACUAUGGGCUGAUCCACUCUCUCAGGAAGCAAAUCCUCGAAGCACAAGCAAACCGCCCAGAAGACAUGCUCGGAUUUUUCUUCGACGAGCCUGUGCCCGGUGAGCAGAAGCCGAAGUGGACCAAGGUCAUGGGAGACUUCGAAGUCAUUGUCGAGCGUGCAUUUGUGUUCGGCAAGCAGUCAAGCGGCGCUGGCAUGGUCAUACACCAAGGCGACGGCAAGUUCUUGUGCGCUGGCCAGGGCUUCAAUCUCUACUUCAAGAGCACCAACCCCAAGUCCACAUUUACUGGCAUCUUGCAUGCGGAGGAGAAGGAAGCAAACCCCGAAACUUGUGAGUUGACGACGCUGAAGUGGUUGGGUGGCGAUGAGAUUCGCAGUGGGCAGUUUCUCAUCAUGCCGAACGAGGACCCUGAUUAUGGAGGUUUCCCCAUCGCUGUGACGAUACCAGCUCGAACAUGUAUCGCCGAAUGUUCGGCGUACAGCCUUGAAGAGGAGGAGUCGGAUUGUUGA